UUCAGUUUGAUUACAUGGGCUCUGACGUAAAGACUGUAACACAGAAGGUCAUUCAUGUUAUUGGCCUUGUUAACACUAUGCUUGCCCAGUUAAAACUGACUGUCAUACUAUCUUCUAUUGAAAUCUGGUCAUAUAAAAACAAAAUUUCUACUGUAGGAGCUCCUGAGAAUGUGUUAUUUAGAUUUUUAAAUUGGAAACAUGACAACUUUAAAUUUCAUAAUAACAUUUCAUAUUUAUUUGCCUUUGUGAAACAUUCUGCCUCUGUAGGUAUUACAUUUCCAGGAAAAGUAUGUGAAAAUAAUUUUGAUGCAGGAAUUGCUCUGUAUUCAGAGGGUUUAUCCUGGGAGUCAUUUGCUGUCACUAUUGUUCAGUUGCUCGGAGUUACUAUUGGAUUGGAUUAUGAUAAUAGUGCGCACUGCUAUUGCUCAGGAGAAACAUGCACAAUGACACCAAAAGCAGUGUAAGAUAAUGUUCUUUGUUAUAUGUCUUUUUAG